CACCAAGAAAACAGCUGAUCUGUCAGCUGACAGAACAAAAUUCGAAUAUUAUUUAAAAUAUAAUUUGUCUUUGUUUUAUUCUUUAUUUUAUAACACAGUAUUAAUGUAAUAGAAACUUAUAACCAAUACUAAUGUAAAAUCAAACAAUGGAGAUAUUCGUCACUAGAUACUAAUUUUUCUCAAUUAAAUUGGUAUGAAUUAUGUCCUUGAAUUACGCGUUUGGAUUUUCACUUUUCCUGUUAAUUCUUGUGGCACUUAACAUUUAUUUCUUCUAUUCCCUAAAUACGACUGGGAAAAGGGGUUCUAUGUAUAAUGUCCCUGGCAUUAAAUUAGAUCUGGCUCCUAGUGUUUUUAAAGAUAUAUAUGACCACCUCAACUAUCUACCUAGUCAAUAUAAAAUUAAAAACCCUAAGUUUAUACCAAUACAAAAAAACCUAGUAAAGUCAUUUAAUUCAUCUGGUCUUAAUAAUACAAAGAAUGUGUGGCAGAAUACAGAAAAUUGGGUUAGUGAAGAAUCUUUAUUCCCUCAUGGUGAUGGGGUUCCAGGGAGAAUACUACGAGAAAUGCAAACCUCACAGAUAGCUCUAGUUGACAAUGCACCAAAAGGCACACAGAUGAAACUGUUACUUUUAAUCCAGGAAAAACAAAAAUUAUAUUUCAAACCAAAGAGAUACCAGCUAAGUGAUGUAAUACAUGGGAAUAUUUAUGCUGGUUUUGAUCGUCAUAACUCAGAAGUGUUUGCUUACUACCUAGCAAUGGUGAUGAAUUUUAAAUGGAUCAUACCUUCUGUGAUUAGGAGAGUACAUGUUGCCAAGGAUGUUGUUCCAGUAGCCACAUUAGGAUUAAAGAAAACUAUGAUAAGAAAUGAAAGUGGUUCAUUCUGCAUUUAUGGAAAAUGUUUUUAUUGUAAAGUCAAUGAGACAGUAUGCCCUGACAGGAAUGGUGAAAUAGAAGGAGCUGCCAUCCUUUAUUUAGAUAAACAAUUUAAGGUGCACAAGUCACCAUGGAGACGUUCAUAUAACAGCAAGAAAAUGGACUGGGAGAAAGAUAAUGAUUUUUGUAAGAAAGUCAUGGGAAUAUUAAGCCUCAAACGUAUACUUAAUUUGAUAGAUGUCUCCAUAUUCGAUUUUCUAAUACAGAACGGCGACCGGCAUCGCUAUGAAGUUUACAAAAAUAAAAUUGUUCUCUUGGACAAUGGAAAAGGCUUAGGAAAUCCUAUGAUAGAUGAACUAGACAUUCUAGCUCCUUUGUAUCAAUGUUGUAUGAUAUCAUUGUCAACAUGGCAACACUUAGAGAUACUUUCCGGUGGACAUUUAACAGAAACUAUAAAACUACUAUCAUCUUUUCAAGGAGAAAUAUUGGCUACAGAAGAACAUUUUAAAGCUGUGGAACGGAGAUUAUUGAAAAUUUAUGCAACAAUUCAAUAUUGUAUUGGAAAACAUGGUAGUGCCAAAGUAUUCAAAACUGCAUAAAAAAUAGUAACGAUAAAACCAAAUGUGGUUAUCUCAAAAUAAUUUAUAUUUGUUAUUCGAUGGCAAAUGAGUUUAGUUAUGAUCAAAUAAAAAAAAAUACCUAUAUGUUACUAAAGAAAUCGUAUAUAAACUGAUAAAAUGUAAAAAACUCUAAUUAAGGACAAAAAUAUCACAAUGACAGGGGAUCACUGCUUGAAAAUUAAACAAUAUGUAUCAUGUAAAUUACCUAUAGUUACUUAAUAAGGAAAAAAAUAAGUUUCUGUUGCAUUAUAACUACCUUCGAAAAAGAAAUACGUAAGUGACCAAAUAUGAUAUGUGUCAAGCUAUCUUUCUAUUAUUUGUUAAGGUCUAUACUCUGUACGCUGUGUGUAUGGUGUGAGUAACAAAUGAUUUUGGCAGUUAUUACUGUAAAUGAACCGUACAGAGUUUUUAGAAUCCAAAUAAAAAUAAUAAUAAUAUAUUUUCUUAUGAUCAAAUGUUUACAUCCAUAAGAUUAGUAUUUUUCUACGGUUUUAGUGAUCUAUCACGCACACACGCGCACAGCGCGCAAAGUACAGAUCUCUAUCUACUUCUUACCGUAACUUAGGGAUAAAAUUUAAAAAAAUUGUCUAUGAUCUACUCAUAACUGAAUGAGGAUAUAAAUAAAUGUUGUCUAAAUAUACAAAAAUCUCAUGUCACGAUACCUGGUCACGUUAAUCUGUGAAACUGUUCAUUCAUCAGAUUUAAAUGAAAUUUUCAAAUAUAUAAGUAUAGUUUGUUGCAACUUGAUAGAUAGAAUAGUAUCUAUUCCGAUAAAGAAACAUCAUCCUGGUAUAUUUUUAGGGGUUACCAUUCCAUUAUUAGGGGGGAAAGGCAUUGUUAGUAUUGGGGUCUAACAGCUCCAUUGUUAGCAAUAUUGCUAACGGUCGGGUAUAUACCCGACCCCAUAUGUUGAUCUUCACAUGAUUCCUCCUGGAAACCAUAGUGUUUCAUUCUUGAAUUCAUCACAUCACACUCACCUAUCAUCUCUCUCUGGUGCCCCAAUAAUGUAUACCGAUAGCACAGGCAGGGCUACCAUUCCAUUUCAUCCAUUAAAAAAAGCGGUAUACACUGGCGGAGCACCAGUGAGGAAUACACCUGGAAUUUACCACGAUAGUUUUUAUGGGAACCACGUGGAGGUCGAUUUGACAGGGUAUAUUGUUAGUAAGGUAAAGGGUAUUCCGCAUUACUAACAACCCCUCUCCCCUCAGAAAAGUAGAUGGUAAAAUGUUUGUGACGUAAGGCAACAAACGAACACGCACACAUUUAUAAAUUAGUAAGGUCUGUUUAAUGGUUAAUUAACAGAUUGAGUAUUCAACUUUUUUUUAAUAUUCCAUAAUAUGUAGGUACCUACACUUUAAAAUGUGUUCAGUAUUAAAAUAAGUUCUAUACAAUUAAUUGUGUCAAAUGCAUGACUCUCUUUUAGCUUAUGUUAUUGUGUAAAUUAAAAUCUUUUAUUGUACGCGCGUCAUUUGAAACUAACGCCUCCGUGUUAAUAUAAGUAUAAAUAUAAAUUCAGUCUCAGUAUAAAUUACUAAUUGUAAAUCGGUACUCUACAAUAUAGUUUUCUAAAGGUUUAACUAUAGUUUUUAUUUAUUUAUUUAUUCAUCAGUACAAAUAUGUGUACAUGGUGGACUUAAUGCUAAAAGCAUUCUCUCCCAGUCAACCAUAGGGAAGUGUCAGAAUACUCGAAUGCGGUACUACUAAUUACUGAUAUACAUACAUACUAAAAUUACAUAUAUAAACGAAUAAAUAUAUAUGAAUAACAAAUAUAUUCAAUUGUUCUUUGAGACUUUCAUCUUUAAAUUAUAGUAAUAUUUUGAUGACCCAAGCUAGUAAGAACACUUAAAUCAAUUAGAAAUUUAAAUAUUCUUUUUUUAAUUAGUAGAUAACCGCAAUGUUGCCACACUACGGUCAGCUAAAUUAUGAACGCACUUAAUUUCGCCAACGUAAUAUAUGUUACGGUAUGAAUACUUUAAGUAAAUUAGCCAAUAAACAUACGUGGUUAACAGAAAGUUAAAACAAAAAUAGAAAUAAAGGAAGAAUGUCAGCGUGGAGCAUGAAUAUUUUUCAUAUCACAAGGUUCUUUCAUUACUGUAUUAUCGGUAUGAAAAAGAUAAUUUGAAAACUAAAUCUACUGAAAACAGCUAUAAAUAAUAUAUAGAUGUAAUUGAUUAGGUCUUAAGUGUAAAAAUAAAAAAUCAAUAGAAAUUAA